AUGAGAAUGCACAGAAGAGGCUUAGUAAUUCAAGCCAGGACUCGUUGGCUAUUAGUGGGCCUUGCUUUACUAUUCAGUUUAGUCUUGCUUAUGUAUUUGCUAGAGUGUGCUCCACAAACAGAUAGUAAUGGAUCUCUACCUGGUGUUGUAGGCGAGAACAUGGGUAAGGAAUACUAUCAAGCUCUCUUGCAGGAACAAGAAGAGCAUUAUCAAAACCGAGCUACCAGUUUGAAACGUCAGAUUGCCCAGUUAAAGCAAGAGCUUCAGGAAAUGAGUGAUAAAUUGAAAUCUCUACAGGAAAAAAAGAAUCCCAAGGUCAAUGGUAUGAACUAUCAGGGCACCAAAGAACAAGCAUCCAAUGAUCUUCUAGAGUUUCUUCACUCCCAGAUUGACAAAGCUGAGGUGAGCGUGGGAGCCAAACUGCCUAGUGAAUAUGGUGUCGUUCCCUUUGAAAGCUUUACAUCCAUGAAAGUGUUCCAGCUGGAGAUGGGGCUUACUCGGCAUCCGGAGGAGAAACCUGUUAGAAAGGAUAAACGAGAUGAAUUGGUGGAAGUUAUUGAGGCUGGCCUAGAAGUUAUCAAUAAUCCAGAUGAAGAAGAUGGGCAAGAUGAAGAUGAUGGAGUAGGACAAAGGCAGCUGUACACUGAAAAUGAUUUCCUAGAAG